GUAUUCACGUCUAAUUCUCUUCUUUCUCACAUUACUUGAAUCAUGGAGGGAGUAAGAGGUCAGAGUCAGGACAUGAAUGAGGUUUAUGACACAAUCAACAGGGUUGCUUCUCGCCUAGGAAUUUUUAAAGAUCGAGCUACUGCUUUACUUUUGAGAUACAAAUGGGAUGGAGAAAAACUUGUCUCAGCUUACAAAAAAUCUCCUGAUAAUGGCGGAAUGUCCUAUUCCUUUGAACCCAAUCCUACGAAUCACUUUCAUUCUGGUAGGAGAAAAUGCUGUCUUUGCAAUGAUAUCACUUCCUGCAUAAACAUUGGAUGCGGUGACUAUGUUUGUGACGACAAAUGCUUUAAAGAACACAUCGAGUCCAAAAUACAUAAAGAAUUGGACAUGCGGUGUCCAAAGUGUCGCAAAUUCCUCUCAUAUUCUUGGAUAUAUAGGAAAAUGUCUAAGGAAGGACGAGAGAGAUACGAGGCUUCGCUGCUCGAGAAUUUUCGCCAUGCCACCAAACAACCACCCACUGUAACUGAGGAGGAUAGCCUUUUGAAAAAAUUGGUUCGCAAACUAUCGAAAAGGGGUAAAGAUUUGGCAAGUACGAGUGGAGAAAACAAAAAGUAAUUACUUCUUGUGGCUGGUGUGCAUGUUUGCUCCAAAGUAUUGAACAAGGCAAAUUGAUUGGAACCAUCAUUAAUUAUUCACAACAUCUAUCGUCAGUUUAGUGUUCAUAUUCCCAUAGAUAAAUUUGAUAGUAAUUAUAAUUUAUUUAUAUAACUAAGGUGUGAUUAUUAAAAUAUUUAAUAGAAAGAAAAGUUUUUACUUUGUAACUGACUCUAAGUUAAUAAUGUUUUAUCGACUAGAUAAUGUAUUGGCAGAUUUUAUUGCCAAGCGGGCAUUAGUUGCCAUGGACCUUUAUGUUCUAGUUUAUUAGUAAGAAAUAAAAUGCGUUUAUGAC